AUGUCGUCCCACGCACUCUCGGACGACCAGGUCGCUUCCGAGCUGAAGAAGAUGACUGCCUUCAUUCGACAAGAAGCCCUUGAGAAAGCUCGAGAGAUUCAGCUAAAGGCAGACGAAGAAUUUGCAAUCGAGAAAUCGAAGCUGGUUCGGGAAGAGAUUGCAGCCAUCGACAAGGAAUACGAGAAGAAGUUCAAGCAGGCGUCAAUGUCGCAACAGAUAACCCGCUCGACAAUGUCCAACAAGACACGAAUAAAGGUGCUCAGUGCACGGCAGGAACUACUAGAUAAGCUUUUCGAGCAAGCACGAUCAAAGCUGGGAGAAUCUGGCUCGAAAGACAAGAACUACGAGGAAGUCCUCAAGGGCCUGAUCUUGGAAGGCCUGUAUCUGCUCGCAGAGAGCAAGGUGCAGAUUCGGUGCAGGAAGGCAGACAAGGACAAAGUAGAGAGUGCCGCAAAGAAAGCGGCCGCUGAAUACAAAGAGAACAUGGGUAGCGAGGUUGAGCCCGUGAUCGACGAGAAGAAUUGGCUUCCAGAAGAAUCCACCGGCGGAGUUUUCGUGGUUGGCGGCAACGGCAAGAUCGAAUUGAACAACACCUUUGAAGAGCGAUUGCGCAUGUGCGAGAGUGAUGCUCUGCCUAGCAUCCGAGCCACCCUGUUUGGCGAGAACCAGAACAGGAAGUUUCACGAUUAA